GAGGAAAUAAAAAGAGUACUAACAAAGUAAGACAGAGAUGUGACAGAUAUGCAAAUCCUGCACCACAGUCGAUGGCCGGCGGGGAACAGCGCGAUAAGAUGAGUCGCAGUCGAGGCGUCGGAAGGUCAGAGAUACGGACAGGUCGUUCACUCGCAGCCUUUUUUUCCCUCCACCUUACUCUGAAAGCCUACACCUGUGCUCUCAACCACUCAAUUGAUUAGACAACUAUAGCAAGAAGCAGCAAUGGAUCCGCAGACAAAGUCGCAGUUUAUUAAGGACCUGCCUAAGGUCGAAUUGCAUAUGCAUUUGGAGGGCUCGCUGGAGCCCGAACUUAUGAUAGAGAUUGCGAAGCGUAAUAAUGUGGACAUCCCGUUCACAUCAGCCGAGCAGAUUCGCGAGGCGUCGGUGUUUACGAGUCUGCAGUCGUUCUUGGACCUGUACUAUCUCGGGCACACUGUGUUCAAGACGCGCCAGGAUUUCUACGACCUGAUCUGGGCGUACUUCAAGCGGGUUGCGACGGGAAACCUGCGCCACUGUGAGAUCUUUUUCGAGGCGCAGGAGCACGUCAACCGCGGGGUGAAGCUGGAGGACAUUGUGCUCGGGCUGCACGACGCGUGCGUGCAGGCCAAGAAGGAGUUUGGGAUUACGUGCGGGCUGAUUUUGACGCUGCUGCGCCAUUUCCCGCCGGAGAACAUGAUGGAGCUGCUGAAGCAGGCGGUGCCGCUGAAGGAGUACAUUGUGGGGAUCGGGAUGAGCUCGUCGGAGGCGGGGUGCCCGCCGUCGCUGUACGUUGACAUUUUCAACUUUGCGCGCGAGCAGGGGUGGCAUGUGACGUCGCACGCGGGAGAGAUUGGACCGCCCGAGUACGUGAAGGACUCGAUUGAGCUGCUGAAGAUCGAGCGGUGCGAUCACGGGAUUGGAGCGCGGACGCGGCCGGACAUUGUGAAGCUGCUGGCGGAGAAGGAGAUUGGAGUGACGAUGUGCCCGAUCUCGAACGUGCUGCUGAAGGUGACGGAGUCGAUUCCGUACUCGCCGAUCCGGCAGUAUCUGGACGCGAACGUGAAGAUGUGCUUCAACAGCGACGACCCGUCGUACUUUGGGAGCAACUACAUUGACGAGAACUACGCGGCGGUGGAGAAGGAGAUGGGGUUGAGUGUGCGGGAGUGGGUGAAGAUUGUGCAGGAUGCGAUCGACAUGAGCUGGGCGGAGGACGAUGUGAGGGGGAAGCUGCAGGAGGAGCUGGACGGGGUGAAGGCGAAGUACAAGGUGAAGGAGCUGUAUGGGAUUGAGUAGAGAGUAGAGAGAGUAGAGUAGAGAGAGAGUAGAGAGAGAGCAAUGAAUAACCCUAAGAUCACGUGCAACUCUACUCCCCCCCGCAGCAGCAGCAGCAGCAGCAGCACCAAAAGCGGCCGCUGGGAAUUCAGGCAAA